ACCGUGUUGAUUUCAGACACUUAUUUGCUUGGGCUGGAAUUUCCCUGGCUGUGCCUAUCUCUACUGAGACGUUUAGGUCCUUUCCCUAACCCAGUGUUCUAGAUUUAGCUAUGGCCUUUGUGGUGAUCCUAGCUCCUCUCAGUUGGAUGCAAGCUUCAGGAGGAAACUCACCGGCUCCAGGCAGCCACUGUGAACUUUUUGGAAACCCUGGAAAAACAUCCAGAAAACAGUAUACAAACUAAAAGUGAGCAGGAGGCAGUGAGGAGACCUAUUAUUUGCAUAAACUUUCUCAUUGUCUCUUUGCUUCCUCCUGGUAGCUUGCCUGCCCUCUCUCCUCUCCAGAGGCCACGUUGCUUCCAGUGCCCUCAAUCACUUCCUGUCCGGUUUUAUUCCCAGAGUCUUCUCACUUUCUUCCAGCGAGCUGCUAAACCUAGUUGCUUCUUAACAUCUCCCCGAACAGAAGUCACCUUGCUGAGAAAAGGUGAAAUGAUUGUCAUUUUAGGGACAACAAGUGUUGUGAAUUAGAAAUAUGGAGCAGAUUAAAAGGGCAAAUAAACUGUUUACCAGUGACUGUAUAUUUCUGAAGAAAACUUUGAACAUCCCAGUUAUAUCAGAGAAGGCUUUGUUGUUUAAUGGACUUAACUCAAUAGAUUCUCCAGAAAAUGAAACUGUUCGUAGCAGUUUUUCUCACGAAGAAGAGCCGGUAGCAGCUGGGGAAGACCUUUCUCCUCCCAGUCCUCAAGAAUCCAAUGUUCAGCCCAUACCGCCUGAAGAAGUGUCAGCUAGAGAUUUCCUGCAGAGACUAGACUUACAGAUUAAGUUGUCAACGCAGGCAGCCAAGAAACUAAAAGAAGAGAGCAGAGAUGAAGAAAGCCCCUGUGCAACUUCCCUCUAUCACAGUUAGAUGAUCAGGGGUGAUAAUCUAACCUGGAUUAAGAGAUGGUUGAAUCAUAAAGAAACCAACAACUGAAGAUUCAAAAGCAUACAUCGUUAAAUCACAAUUUAGUAGUUCUACCUACUGCAAUUGCACUGAAGUGAUUAUUUCCCUCUGGCUUUCUAUAAUUUUAAGUUUUUAUUAUGGCAUGAGAGCAAAAUUGUAUCCUAAAGCUCAUCACUUUUGUAGGUGAUGGUAGUUUUUAGACUAGUUUUGUAAAUACUAGUUAACAUAAAGCAUCAAAGACUAUAUACAUAUUCAAGCUGAAAAUGAUGUUGACCUGAGAAAUCUUAAUUAUGUGAAAUACAUGGUUGCUGUUUAAGUGAUACUGAUUUUGCUAUGUGUUUAUAACUUAAGUGCUAUAUAUAUAUUUCGAUAUGUAUUACAUAUUCUGUAUUAAUAUAAAGAACCAAAUUUUGUCUGCUAUUUUGUAAAAAUAAACUACAAAA